GAAUUCCAUCUCUCCAUCAUACAUACCAUAAAAACUCAUUAUCUAAUUAUCUUCUGGAUUUCCUUUCCCUCUUAUUUCGAAAUACACAAUUCAUUGAUCCGUCUCAUUCGUUUAAUGAAAAAUUCCCAGAUCAGUAGAUUUCAAACCUCGUCUUGACACCAUCACUUAUCUUUGACAUUAAUUUCUGCACUAUACAUGUCAUACAAUUCCAGAUGUUUCAAGAAAUUAUUCUUGCUUUUAUUGUCGGUUUCAUUCGCACAUCCAUCGUUGUCUUUAUCUUCUACUCCGUAAUCACUACACUAUAUGAGUAUUUCGUUGAUAUCACACGUCGUGCUUGAACGCCAUAGUGUAAAUUUUCAACCAGAGGGGUGCAGUCAUGCCGACACGAGUUCAAGAAUUUUUGGCAAGAAGAAUUUUAGAAAAGGAGCUUCAAUGUGUCGAUGGCAAAUUGAUCCAGGACGAUGAAGAUUUUCAAGCAACCUAUCUUUAUGUCUUAGCUGGACGCGGAGCUUCACCAGCGGAUCACCCUGCUGCAUGGAGCCAGCCUAGAUUACGAUCAGUGAGCUCUCUCAGUGAGUCAAGCUCAUCCGGCAGAUUUGUAGGCUCAUACAUUGACCACAACUGUGACCUCAUUAAUCGGGUUCCAUUCACUUCACCUCGUUUUGAUCUCAUUGAUAUAAGAACGAAUUUACCGAUACCCGCAAUCAACAUGACGAAAGCUGUGUACUUCCGCUAUCAUAAUUUGCCCGCCGACAAGCUCAGAGCGACCUCUCCUCCUCAUAUUGGAAGAAGGCCCGAACAACAAGAUUAUGAGAACUACAAGAGAUCUAUAGAAAUGUUUGUGGACAACAUUCAAUAUCGAACAAUAGAGCGAGCCCGAACAAUUACAUCUAUGAUUGUGCUGGCCAAUAUCAUGAGCGAAGAGUUCAAACGAAGAUGUAGAUCGAUAGCGAAUCACUUCCACUUGGAGAUAUUCUUCUACAACUCUGUGACCGAUGACCAAUUGUACUACGUUUUUUUUGAUUUUUGGUCAGCUAUCGACUUUAGGUCCCUUCAAGUUAGCGAUAAGCUCCCAAACUCUCCUACAGAGCAAGAUAAAUUGCGAUAUCAGCUGAGAAAGUUUACCAAAGUGAAGUUUGCUUGUUUAGCACGCGAUUACUUCAGAUGUUGCUUGCAGGUGACAAGGAUAAAGAAGGGCCAUAAUCGAUAUGAUUCGAAGCAACCGUCAGAACGUGAGGACAUAUUCAAUGAGAAGAAAGCCACUUACGAACGAUUAUGUCGGAACCUGAGGGACUAUCCUGAAAUAAAUAGGGAAAAUGAACUUGUCAGACGUCUGCACAAAGAGACUCUUGCAACUCCCGAAGAAGAUAUACAGCUCAUCACAGAACCGCCAGUGAUAGAGAUACAAGAUGCUUUCAUUCCAGGUUCGAUGACUAGGAGCCCUGGAAGGAUUUUAUUCGAUGCAGAGAAACAAAGAAAACGAUUCAAUAUAGGUAUGGAGUACCUGGAGCUUCAGUGGAAGAAGCAGCCAGCGUCUGUGCUCUUGAAGGACGCUCGUGAUUUUCCUGCUACGCGGGAUUUUCUCGUUGACUGCAAUCCACCAGCUAGGUAAUCAUAUUCACAGGAUGAAAAAUCAAUAGCUUUGAGAGCCACAGCGUAAAAGAAGAAAAUAGCGUACAUAGAACUGCCAGGAAUUGUAGGAUGUAGCGAGAGGAUAUAUUUUUUGUCUCUCA